GAACAAACCAACAUUCGGGUCAGGAACAACUAGACAGGAACAAUGGUAUUGUUCAGAGGUUUUAUUUUUCUCUUAAUCCUGUACCUGCUGCACAAGUCAAAUACAUCCUUCGUUAGGCUGAACGGCAAUGGUUAUGAAGACGUUAUCAUUUCUAUAGAUCCUGGUGUGCCAGAAGAUGAAAAAAUAAUAGAACAAAUAAAGGACAUGGUAACUACAGCUUCUACUUACCUGUUUGAAGCCACAGGAAAAAGACUUUUUUUCAAAAAUGUAUCUAUAUUAAUUCCUGAGAAUUGGAAGGAGAAUCCUCAAUACAAGAGGCCAAAACAUGAAAACUACAAACACGCUGAUGUUAUAGUUGCACCACCUACCCUCCCAGGGAGAGAUGAGCCAUACACCAGGCAGUUCACAGAGUGUGAAGAGAAAGGAGAAUACAUUCAUUUCACUCCCGACUUUGUACUUGGAAAAAAACAAAAUGAAUAUGGGCCAUCAGGUAGACUGUUUGUCCAUGAGUGGGCUCAUCUCCGAUGGGGAGUGUUUGAUGAGUACAAUGAAGAUCAGCCUUUCUACAGCUCUUCGUCAAAAAAAAUUGAAGCAACAAGGUGUUCCUCAGGUAUCUCUGGUAAAAAUAGAGUUUAUAAGUGUCAAGGAGGCAGCUGCUACACUAGAACAUGCAGAACUAACUCUACAACAAAACUGUAUGAAAAAGAUUGUCAAUUCUUCCCUGAUAAAGUUCAAACAGAAAAGGCAUCUAUAAUGUUUAUGCAAAGUAUUGACUCUGUCUCUGAAUUCUGUAAUGAAGAAAACCAUAACCGAGAAGCUCCAAGCCUACAGAACAUAAAGUGCAAUUUCAGAAGUAUAUGGGAAGUGAUCAGCAAUUCUGAGGAUUUUAAAAACACCACACCUUUGGUGGCACCACCCUCUGCACCUGCCUUCUCAUUGCUGAGGAUCAGUCAAAGAGUUGUGUGCUUGGUUCUUGAUAAGUCUGGAAGCAUGGGAGGUUAUAACCGGCUCAAUCGAAUGAAUCAAGCAGCAGAAUAUUUCCUGCUGCAGAUUAUUGAAAAUGGAUCCUGGGUGGGGAUGGUUCACUUUAGUAGUUUUGCCAGUAUUGAAAGUGAGCUGAUCCAAAUAACAAACACCAGCCAAAGAAACAAGCUCGUGGAGAGUUUACCUACAAGAGCUGGGGGAGGAACUUCCAUCUGCUCUGGAAUUAGAGGUGCAUUUCAGGUGAUUGGAAAUCUAUACUCCCAAAUAGAUGGAUCUGAAAUAGUGCUGCUGACCGAUGGGGAGGAUAACACUGCAAGGACUUGUAUUGAAGAAGUGAGACAAAGUGGGGCCAUCAUUCAUUUUAUUGCUUUGGGGGAGUCUGCUGAUCAAGCAGUAAUAGAGAUGAGCAAUAUAACAGGAGGAAGCCAUUAUUAUGCUUCAGAUAAAGCCCAGAACAAUGGCCUCAUUGAUGCUUUUGGGGCCCUUACAUCAGGAAACGCAGAACUCUCCCAGAAGUCAAUUCAGCUUGAAAGUAAGGGAUUAACACUGAGCAGUAAUCUCUGGAUGAAUGACACCGUAAUAAUUGAUAGCACAGUGGGAAAGGACACCUUCUUUCUUGUCACAUGGGCUAAACAGCUUCCCAGUAUUUCUCUCUGGGAUCCCAAUGGAACACCAAUAACAAACUUCACGGCAGACACAGUUUCCAAAAUGGCCUAUCUCAGUAUUCCAGAAACUGCAAAGGUGGGCAUUUGGACUUACAGUCUUCAAUCAAAAGCAAACUCAGAAACAUUAACUAUUACAGUAACUUCUCGGGCAGCAAAUUCUUCUGUGCCUCCAAUCACAGUUAAUGCUAAAAUGAAUAAAGAGAUAAACAGCUUCCCCAGCCCAAUGAUUGUUUAUGCAGAAGUUCUACAAGGAUAUGUACCUGUUCUUGGAGCCAAUGUGACAGCUUCCAUUGAAUCACAGAGUGGAGAUACAACAGUUUUGGAACUUUUGGAUAAUGGUGCAGGUGCUGAUUCUUUCAAGAAUGAUGGGGUCUACUCCAGGUAUUUUACAGCAUAUACAGAAAAUGGCAGGUAUAGCUUAAAAGUACGGGCUCACGGAGGAACAAACUCGGCCACGCGAAGCUUACGUCAUCCACUGAAUAGUGCCGCGUAUAUACCAGGCUGGGUAGUAGAUGGGGAAAUUGAAGCAAAUCCACCAAGAUCUGAAAUUGAUGAGGAUACUCAGACGACCUUGGAGAAUUUCAGCAGAACAGCAUCUGGAGGUGCAUUUGUGGUAUCACAAGUUCCGAGUCUUCCCUUGCCUGACCUGUACCCACCAAGUCAAAUCACAGACCUUGAUGCCACACCUCAUGGGGAUGAGAUCACGCUAACAUGGACAGCACCAGGAGAUGAUUUUGAUGUUGGAAAAGUUCAAUAUUACAUCGUGAGAAUAAGUGGAAGUAUUCUCUAUUUAAGAGACAAUUUUGAUGAUGCUCUUCAAGUAAACACUAAUGAUCUGUUACCAAAUGAGGCCAACUUCAAGGAAACCUUUGCAUUUAAACCAGGAAAUAUCUCAGAAGAAAAUGUAACCCACAUAUUUAUUGCCAUUAAAAGUGUAGAUAAAAGCAAUCUGACAUCAAAAAUAUCCAACAUUGCACAAGUAGCGUUGUUUAUCCCUGAAGCAGAUCCUAGUCCUGAUGAAAAUUAUCCUACUCCUACUCCUGAAAAAAAUUAUCAUAAUUCUGGAGUUAAUAUUUCUAUACUGGUGUUGUCAGUGGCUGGGUUUGCUGUAGUUGUUACUAUUAUUGUAAGUAUUACCAUUUGUAUCUUAAAGAAGAGACAACCUUCAACUGUACCUAGAACAGGGUUUUAAAAAACAAAAACCACGUAAGUAAAGGAUAUUUCUGAAUUUUAAAAUUCAUCCUGUGUGAUCAUAAACUCAUAAAAAUACCUUAAGAAGUCUGGAAAGGAUACUUUGAUUAAAAAUAAACAUCCAUGGAUAUGUGAAAAACUGUAAGUCAAAAUUAAAGUUUAAAAAUUUUAUUUAUUUGUUAUUUUGUCAUAAAUAGUGAUAAAUAAAGAUUCUUUUUCAUAUUGUUCCCUGGUUAUACAUUAUUUGACAUAAGAGUUUUCUGAAAUGGUAUUUCAAAUUUCAUCAAGAAAUUAAAAUAGUCUAUUUAAGUAGUCAAAAUAUAAAUAAAGGAAAGCAAAUAAUAUUUGG